CCACUGACUACACAUCAAAACUGCUAGAAGAACGAAGACAGCGAAGAGGAGCAAUACACCCAAGGAACUCAUCACCCAAACAGUGAUUCCACCAAACAGAAAGUUUCUCCGGUCUAACAUCUGGAUGAAAGGAACUGCUGGAGUCAUGAAUGCCUCACGCUUUCUCUCUGCUCUCACUUUUGUUCUCCUCACUGGAGAGAGCACCGCUUGGUACUACAAUGCCUCCAGUGAGCUCAUGACGUACGAUGAAGCCAGUGCGUAUUGUCAGCGGGACUACACCCAUCUGGUGGCGAUUCAAAACAGGGAAGAGAUCAAUUAUCUAAAUGCCAGUCUGAAAUAUUCACCAAGUUACUACUGGAUUGGAAUCAGAAAAGUCAAUAACAUAUGGAUCUGGGUGGGGACCAAAAAGCCUCUGACAGAGGAAGCAAAGAACUGGGCGCCAGGAGAACCAAAUAACAAGCAAAGAAAUGAGGACUGUGUAGAGAUCUACAUCCAACGGCCCAAAGACUCAGGCAUGUGGAACGAUGAAAGAUGUGACAAAAGGAAACUGGCUCUGUGCUACACAGCUUCGUGUACCAAUGCAUCCUGCAGUGGUCAUGGUGAAUGUGUAGAGACCAUCAAUAGUUACACCUGCAAGUGCCACCCGGGCUUCCUGGGACCCAACUGUGAGCAAGUUGUGACCUGCAAAGCACAGGAACACCCUGACCUUGGAAGCCUGAACUGCACCCACCCAUUUGGCCUCUUCAGCUAUAAUUCCUCCUGCUCCUUCAGCUGUAAAAGGGGCUACAUGCCCAGCAGCAUGGAGACCACCAUGCGUUGUAUGUCCUCUGGAGAGUGGAGUGCGCCUGCUCCAACCUGCCAUGUGGUUGAAUGUGAAGCUUUGACCCACCCUGCCCAUGGAGUCAGGAAAUGUUCCUCAAGUCCUGGGAGCUACCCAUGGAACACAACGUGCACAUUUGACUGUGAGGAAGGGUACCAGCGAACUGGAGCUCAGAAUCUACAGUGCAGCUCAUCUGGCAUCUGGGAUAACGAGAUGCCAUCAUGCAAAGCCGUGACCUGUGAUGCCAUCCCUCAGCCUCAGAAUGGCUCUGUGAGCUGCAGCAACUCAACAGCUGGAAAAUUUGCCUUUAAGGCAUCCUGCAGCUUCACCUGUGAGCCAAGUUUCACAUUACAGGGGCCAGCCCAGGUUGAAUGCAAUGCCCAAGGGCAGUGGACACCACAAAUCCCAGUGUGCAAAGCUUUCCAAUGUGAAGCCUUAUCUGCACCACGGCGAGGCUACAUGAAAUGUCUUCCCAGUGCUUCUGGAGCUUUCCAAAGUGGGUCCAGUUGUGAGUUCUCAUGUGAAGAAGGAUUUGAAUUGAAGGGAUCAAGAAGGCUUCAGUGUGGUCCAAGAGGGGAGUGGGACAGCAAAAGGCCCACGUGCUCAGCUGUGAAAUGUGAUGAUGUCCCUGAGCCGCAGAAUGCUGUCAUGGAGUGUGCCCAUGCUGCUACUGGAGAAUUCACCUACAAGUCCUCAUGUGCCUUUCAAUGCAACGAGGGCUUUAGAUUGCAUGGCUCACCUCAACUUGAGUGCACAUCCCAGGGAAAGUGGACCCAGGAAGUCCCCUCCUGCCAAGUGGUCCAAUGUUCAAGCCUUGACGUUCCAGGAAAGAUGAACAUGAGCUGCAGCAGGACAGCAGUUUUUGGCACAGUGUGUGAAUUCAUAUGUCCUGAUGGUUGGACACUCAAUGGAUCUGCAGUUCUGACAUGCGAUGCCACGGGACACUGGUCUGGGAUGCUACCUACCUGUGAAGCCCCAGUCAACCCCACCCGUCCUUUGGUAGUUGCACUUUCUGCAGCAGGAACCUCACUCCUGACGUCGUCCUCAUUGCUCUACUUCUUGAUGAGAUACUUUCAGAAGAAAGCAAAGAAAUUUGUUCCUGCUAGCAGCUGCCAAAGCCUUCAAUCGUUUGGAAACCAUCAAGCGCCUUCUUACAUCAUCUAAGUUCAAAACAAUCAGGAACACAAAUGCAUCAUGGGAAAUAGAAUGACAUGCUGAAGACAGCAGGAAAUGAACCGGCUACAAGAAUCCUGGUCUCUCAUGCCUGCUUAAAAACUGGGAUCCUGACUCCAUGGAUCAAAACUGAGUGACAAGGCCAGCCCUCUACCAGAAUGACUGUUUCCUCUUUCUUAGUUAGUGGCAGUAUCAAGAACAUGCUGUAACAGAAGGUGGAGGUGCUCUCUUCAAACGAGAGUGAAUAGACCACGGAGAGGGGGCGGGAGGGGGGGCUGGAAGAACAGAAUUCAUUCUGACUCUUAGUCACUCUGGAAUUUGGGAACAGAAACAGCAUUUUGUUGCCUUGUUUCUUUCUCUUGUUCCCCAUGGAGUGUGUCAACAGCUAAUUCCAGUACUGUUGUCACAGGGGUAAAUAAUAUUUAUCAGCAGUUUUGAGCAAACAAUUUUCUAUUUCUGUCUUGGAAAAAAAAGGCAAAAUUGCCAUAUUCUCAGGUUACAGCAUAGGAGUGUCAUUAGGGGUACAAGAUGCAAAUCCUGAUGAAUAUUACAUGUUAAGACUGCUAGGCAGCCUGGCAGUG